AGUGGGGAUUCUCUAAACAGAGAAAGAGCCCAGAGAGCUUAGCAGAGCCACUACCAGUAGAGAGCGAAACAGCCACAGACACACAGCGCGCAGUCUCUGCACACAUAAAUGACAAACGACGUCUUCAAAACGAAAACUGUGCAGUUAUCCUCACAUAAAUGAAAAACGUGUUCAAAGCGAAAACUGUAAAGUUAUUCGCAAUUAUAAGCCGAGAAUAAGAAAUCGACGGCAGAUAUUUUCAUUUUUAUGGAAUGAACGAAAAGGACGCAAUUCUACACGGUACUUGUUUUUGAAACAAGAGUGGAUUUUUCUUCUGAAGAAGGGGGAAGCAAAGCCUUGACAUCCAGCAGACUAACCUGGAGACCGUCCAGAGUGUGUUUUUAGCGAGCAGUAGUAGUGGCAGCAUCAUCCUCGCGUUGCUCCCUUGAGGUGUGUUGGUGGUUCCCUCACCUGUGCGCAGUGGUGCUGCCCUCUCUGAACUUCCGUAGCUUCACCAGCAACGGCAGUGGCAUGGCUGCAGCCAAGACGGAGAUGGUCCUGCCUGCUCUGCAGAUCUCUGACCCUCUCAGCUUCCCUCACUCGCCCAUGGAUAACUACCCCAAGCUGGAGGAGAUGAUGCUCCUCAACUCUACCGGGACCCCCUUCCUGAGCGCCUCAGCCCCAGAGGGGGCAGGUUUUGGGAGUGGGGAGCCAGGAGACCAGUACGACCAUUUGCCUGGAGAUACGCUACCUGAGAUCUCCCUGAACUGCGAGAAGACCCUGGAGAACUUCUCCACCCAAAGGCUGCCACCCAUAUCCUACACGGGGCGCUUUACCCUCGAACCCGCAGUCAACUGCAGCAACAGUCUCUGGGCAGAACCCAUCUUUAGCCUGGUCAGCGGGCUGGUGGGGAUGAACCCCCCAACGACCUCUGCCCCGUCGUCCUCCGCCUCGCCGACCAACACCUCCACCUCCUCAGCUUCUUCCUCCUCCUCCUCUUCCUCCUCCUCUUCCUCCACCCAAAGCUCCAGCCUGAGCUGCUCCGUCCAUCACAGCGAGCCGAACCCCAUCUACUCCGCCGCGCCGACCUACUCCAGCGCCAGCCCCGAAAUCUUUCCCGAACAAAGCCAGUCAUUCCCCAGCCCUGCAGUAAGCAGCUCCAUCCAGUACCCACCCCCUGCCUACCCCAACACCAAGGCCUGCACCUCCAGCUUCCCCGUGCCAAUGAUCCCUGACUACCUCUUCCCCCCUCAGCAGAGUGAGAUUUCCCUGGUGCCCCCCGACCAGAAGCCCUUCCAGUCCCAGCCCGGGCAACAGCCCUCCCUGACUCCCUUGUCCACCAUCAAAGCAUUCGCCACCCAAACAGGCUCGCAAGACCUGAAGAGCGUCUACCAAUCACAGUUGAUCAAGCCCAGCCGCAUGCGCAAGUACCCCAACCGGCCAAGCAAGACGCCCCCCCACGAGCGCCCCUACGCCUGCCCGGUGGAGACCUGCGACCGCCGCUUCUCCCGCUCGGAUGAACUGACGCGCCACAUCCGCAUCCACACGGGCCAGAAGCCCUUCCAGUGCCGCAUCUGCAUGCGCAACUUCAGCCGCAGCGACCACCUGACCACCCACAUCCGCACGCACACCGGCGAGAAGCCCUUCGCCUGCGAGAUCUGCGGCCGAAAGUUCGCCCGCAGCGACGAGCGCAAGAGGCACACCAAGAUCCACCUGCGGCAGAAGGACAAGAAGGUGGAGAAGGCAGCAGUAGCUGUGGCAGCACCAGUCUCCAUCCCGUCUCCAGCUUCCAGCUACCCCUCUCCCAUCACCUCCUACCCUUCUCCAGUGUCCUCCUGUUACUCCUCACCGGUGCACACCUCCUACCCCUCCCCCUCCGUCGCCACCACUUACCCCUCAGUGUCCAGCGCAUUUCAGACACAGGUAGCCACAAACAUCUACAGCUCCCCUGUCGCCACACCCCUGUCAGACAUGCAGUCCACACUCUCGCCAAGGACAAUCGAGAUCUGCUAAGGAGCUCAUCCCUCCAUCAUCUUCAGCUUCUCCUUCUUCCGGAACGAAAACAAAAUUAUAAUAACAUGUUACUCUCUCCUGACAAGCACUUUCUCCCCCCCCCCAGCUCCAAGCUCCAGCCUUCCCCACCCCUGUUUAGUCAUUAAUCUUAAGGUACCUAAAGAAAAUGUCAAGGACUCAGCAAAGAUGAUGGAGGUCAAGAAGGGAUUUUUUUCCCCCUCCUUUCUUCAGAUGAACCGGAGCAGUUCAGAUAAAAACGAGACUUUAAGGGCAAAUGCGGGAGCAGCAACGCUGGCGGCGAGCUCAGACAGGAAUUCUGAAAUGACAUUUAAAAAACGCUCCUAAGCGACAAAUAGGGACUUCAUCUUGUCGGCAGGUCGACGGCUGGGAACUUAAUGCUCAAUCAGCCUGACUCAGUGACAGAUAAGCAGAUCUUACACAAUCAGAGACACCCGACAGAGACUCUGAAGACAUACAUAAGCUACAGUGUAUGUAUAUUGUACACGUGCCAUGUUUUAUUUUUUCAUUCUUCGGUACUAUUGAUGUGAAAACUUACUUGCAUAUUAUGUUGUAUUAUUUGAAGUUAGCAGGGCCAUUUUUUAAAUAAAUAUUUUCUCUCUUACACAGUGAAAAUUAUGUGAUGAGUUUUGAAUUUGUUUGAGCAAAGCACUUAAGUAUUCAAGCAUGCGUAAGAGUGACGUCGGUUUAAAUUCUUUUGUAAAUAUCACCCAGUCACUGGUACUAUCUGUCUUUCUUCCCACGUGUGGCUAAAAGAUCUGUUUAAAAAAAAACGUUAAAAAUGAAAAAAAAAAACAAGUUUUCAUAAGUUUUUGGUGCCUUUUGUGAAGCCUUGCUGACGUUCUGACACAACUAUGUAUGUGUAUGAUUAGAUGCGUCGCAUCUGGCCUUAAGCUGCGAGGGAAGUUUUUUUACGGAAUGUACGCGGGAUUUUAAAGGGAUGCGGAAGAAAACGGCGAUGGAAAAAGCUUCAUUUCUUUAGAAUGUAAGCAAAAAGGAAAAACGAGAAUACCUAAAGUCUAUUUUUGUAACUGAACUGUAAAUAUCCACAUAUUCAGGAGUUGGAAUGUUGUAGUUACCUACUGAGUAGGCAUGGGAAUUUUUUGUAUGUUAUUUACAUGCGGUUCAUUAUUUUGUGGUUAUUUUUAUUUUGUAAUUGUGUUUGUUAUACCAAGUGACUGUUUCUGGCUUCUAAACACAUCGAAUGCGCUUAACUGCCAAUGGGACAUUUGGUGUACAAGAUAUCCUCCCAGAAAAGAAAUAUAAAUAAAAUAAAUAUAUAUAAAACAAAA